AUGUCGCCAAUUCAACAGACGAAUCAGCAGUUACUUUUGCCGCAAGCUUAUUUGACGAAUUUCCAUAACAGAAUAAGAAAUGAAGAUGACGAUAUACCUCUUGUUAUAAUGGCGCAACCUGCCAGAGGUCAUAAGAGAGCUAAAGUGGUGAAUUAUGCCGAAUUUGAUAACGAUCUCCUGGAUGAUUUGAUGCGGAACAAUGAUGGCGAAGACAAUGAAAGUAAUUCGGAGAAUGAUAGUGAGGAUGAUAGCAUGGGCGUGGAUGAUAAUGAAAGGUCUGAAACGAAUGAAAAUGACACUAAUAAUAAUAAUGAAAAGGACAAGUUCAAAUUAAAGGAUAGAAAUUUAUUACCAGACAUUUACGAACAGGAUGAUCAAUUGAAUAUCUUGAAAUAUCCAAAGAUCAGAGAAACGUUUCUGCAGAGUAAGAUUGCCAUGCCAUACAGAUUAAAUAUCGAACCCUCCGCAGAAAACCAACAACCAAUCGUGAUACCAAUACACCUAAAUCUGGAAUUCAGUGGGAACAUUAUCGAUGAUUACAUUACUUGGGAUAUCAAUGACAAUACUAUAACACCAGAUGAAUUUGCCACGAUAUAUUGUAGAGAUCUCAACAUACCAAUCUCAAACAGUGAUGAUUCCUUCCAUCAUCAAAUUAUUAACACCAUAAAUGAAUCUAUUACAAGCUAUGAGAAAUUUGCCGCGGUAAAAUUACCAGAUUUACAUAUAAUCAUCAAUUUGACCUGUAAUUUAAAUGAUAAAUUCUAUGAGGACAAUUUUCAAUGGAACUUGAGUGACGAUUCAUUCACACCCGAAAUAUUUGCAGAAAUAAUUGUAUGCGAUUUAGGAUUAACAAGGGAUUUCUUACCAAUAUUGAAUUAUUCUCUAUACGAUUCUUUGAUAAAGAUCAAAAAGGAUUGGAUUGAAGGUAAUCUAGUCGGUAGUAGCUUGGACGUCAAUUUCUUGAAUAAUGACGCAGCAUUUGGCUAUUUAUCCGGAAUAAGACUAGACAUAGACGAGCUGGGUAUCAGCUGGUGUCCUAAAGUAGAAAGUUUGACGCAACAAGAGAUUCAAAAGCGUGAAAUUGAAAAGGAGAGAAACUUAAGGAGAUUGAAGAGAGAAUCCGAUAGGUUACAUAGACGUGGGUUCGGCAGCGGCAGGAAACGUUUCAUUGACGAUUUAGAGACUACAAUGAGAAUAUGA